AUGACAAGCUCUACAGAUGCAUCUUCAAUCUCCAAAGAUGAAUUGAUUCUCAUCUUUCGCACCGGACCGGUUAUCUAUGAGUAUGGAGGUAGCAAAGUUGUUCGUGUGUCCGACACGCUUGUCCUCAAGGCCGGCAGAGGGAUGACACCUGGCGAAGCCAAAACACAAGAAUUUGCGUAUGAGCAGGGGGUUCGCGUCCCUCAAGUACAUCGAAUACUCAAAGCCCCUCUUCCUGUUGGCUACGAGGACAGUGAAGAAGACUGCUGGUUGAUGCUGAUGGACUUCAUACCCGGAGAGCUCCUUGAGCAGGCCUGGCCGUCACUGACCCAAGAACAACGGCUCGGCUUAACCAAAACCAUCGCCCAGCUCAUCCGGCGCCUACAGUCCGUAACUCUAAACGAUUUACCGCCAGGGCCAGUCGGCGCCGAUGACGAUGACGUGUAUCAGGGUCCCUACUUCACACACUAUGGCGCGGGACCGUUCUCAUCUGUUGCAGACAUGGAGGCCUGGUAA